AUGAUCUCUCCACCUUGGCAGAAGAAGAACCCACUUUGGGGAGCAUCAAACACAGCCUACGCCCGCUGGUUGCCCGCAGACUAUGAGGACGGCUUCUCUGUACCCAAAGGAUGGAAUCAAUCCAAGACCUAUAACGGCUUCUCGUUGCCUUUGGUGCGCCAGGUGUCCCAUGAAAUCUUGCACACACGGAAUGAGAACAUCUCCCUGGACAGCUCCUAUACCCACAUGCUGGUGGAGUGGGGCCAGUGGAUUGAUCACGACAUGGAUCUCACCCCCCAGAGUGCCAGCACCGUUUCUUUCACGGAUGGAGCUGACUGCUCCCAUGGUUGCAUCAACCGGAACCCGUGCUUCCCCAUCCAGAUCCCUGCUGGCGACUUCCGUCUGGGUGGGGGGACAAUGAAGUGCAUGCCUUUCAUCCGCUCUUCGCCAGCUUGUGGCAGUGGACAAUCCAGCUUCCUUCUGGGGCAGCUGCAGCCCCGGGAGCAGCUGAACAGCCUCACCUCCUUUGUGGACGGCAGCAUGAUCUACGGCAGCACGGCCUCGCUGGCCAGGAAGCUCCGCAACUUCACCCAGGCACUGGGGCUUCUGGCCGUCAACCAGGAGUUCUCCGACGGUGGCCUUCCACUCCUGCCCUUUGCUGAGAAGAAAUCCCCAAACCCUUGUGCCUUGACCCGGGACUCCUGCCUUGCCAAUGCGUCUGACGUGCCUUGCUUUGUGGCAGGAGACUCAUGGUCCAAUGAACAUUUAGGCAUUCAAGUCCUGCACACAGUGUUCCUGAGGGAGAGCAACAGAAUUGCUACCACCCUCCACCAGCUCAACCCCCAAUGGAGUGGGGAAAUUCUGUAUCAGGAGACUCGCAAAGUCAUUGGGGCCUACCUCCAGAUUAUAAACUGGAGGGAUUAUGUCCCAAAGAUCCUUGGCCCAGAAGCCACUGAGGCCUACCUUCCUCCAUACUCUGGUUACGACGAGUCUGUUGACCCCCGUAUCUCCAAUGUCUUUGCCACAGCUGCAUUUCGCUUUGCCCAUGUCACCAUCAAUCCUUUCCUCUCCCGUCUGGAUGAAAACUUUGAGGAGAAUCCCAGUCACCCCAGCAUAUCUCUUCAUCAGUCAUUCUUCUCCCCAUGGAGGAUCAUUGAGGAAGGAGGGAUUGAUCCUAUCCUACGUGGAGAGAUCUUCACCCUUGCAAAGCUCCAGACAGCCACUCAGAUGAUGCCAGAGGAGCUGACAGAGAAGCUGUUUCAUCCCAAGAAGGCACUGUCCCUUGACCUGGCAGCUCUGAACCUGCAAAGAGGCCGGGACCAUGGACUGCUAGGUUACAACUCCUGGAGGAGGUUCUGUGGUCUCCCAGAGGCCCACACUUUCUCUGACUUGCAGCACAUCCUCAACAGCAGCUACCUGGCUCACAAACUACUCAAGCUGUAUGGGACGCCUGAGAACAUUGAUGUCUGGAUUGGGGCCAUCGCAGAACCUCUCCUGCCUAGUGCCCGAGUGGGGGAACUGCUUGCUUGCUUGCUGGGAAGGCAGUUCCAGGCCCUGCGAGAUGGUGACAGGUUCUGGUGGGAGAAUGAAGGAGUGUUCACCCAUCGCCAGAGGGAAGAGCUAGCAAAGGUGACUUUGUUCCGGAUCCUUUGCGACAACACCCACCUCCACCACCUCCCUGCGGACGUCUUCUCAACCAGUCACUUCCCAAGUGACUUUGUGUCCUGCAAGAGCUCCCAGAUUCCAAGGGUGGACCUGACUGCAUGGAGGGAAGAUUCAGCAGACACACCUUGUGGGCCGGUCCCUCUGGUUGAAGGAGCCCACUACGUCCAGUGUAAAGCCUCAGUGUUCUUUGAGUGUUGGCCUGGCUACAUUCGGGAGGGUCCUUCCUCUAUAACCUGCAAUGUUGAAGACAGAGAGUGGAGCACUGUGUUGCCUGUUUGCCGAGACAUUGAUGAAUGUGAGCACAGCCAAGAGAAUCCCUGCCCCUCUCCACAGAUUUGUGUGAACAUACCUGGGAGCUUCAAAUGUGCCUGUCAGGGCUCCCUGGUUCCAUCUCAGGAUGGCACCACCUGCAUUGGUAGGUUGGGUUGAGAGACCAGGCUGUGA